GAAACGGUUGAAAUGGCUUUGAACCUCAAUUUGGAUCCGCGAAAACCCGGGCAGGCAUUGCGUGGUUCCGUCUCGCUUCCUCACGGGACUGGAAAAGCAAUAAACUGCGUCGUCUUUACCAAUGACGAAGAACUACAGGAGAAGGCGAUCAAAGCGGGUGCCUUGCACGCUGGUGGUGAAGCUCUAAUCGACCGGAUUGUAGCCGGUGAAGUUUCGGUCGAUUCCUUCGAACGAAGUCUUGGAACCAACGAAAUGAUGUCUGUCUUAUCGAAACGGGCGGCUCGCCUUUUAGGGCCUCGUGGCCUUAUGCCGAACGCAAAAACGGGGACUCUUGUUGCCCCAGAAGAUCUUUUGACAACGCUAGAAACCAAUGUUGCUGGGAGGGACGCUCCCUUCCGAACGGAAAAGGCCGGAAUUGUCCAUGUGCCUGUCGGAAAGGGAAGCUUUGGAUUGGAGAAACUUUUGGAAAAUACUGGAGCGAUCAUGAAAGCAAUUUACGACGGAAAAGCCAAGGCACCUUCCAAAAACGCAAAAUACCUAUUGAGUGCAUUCGUUUCUUCGACGCGCGGCCCUGGAAUGAAAUUAGAUUUGCGAACGGUC